GCGCGCGUGCAGUGGAGUGAACUGCGCUCGCAUUCCUCAGUGUGUUAACAACAAACCCAGAGAACAGAGCAAAGAAGAUGUUAUUUGAUCUGCACAUGCUCUACUUCAUGCGUUUACUCAUCUGACACACUCAAACGAAAGGGAAAAGAAAAUAGCGUUAUGGGGUUUAUCUUAGGCAAAAAAAUCUUACUUUUAACUCCGCUGCUCGUCGGAUUGUUUUCACACUCAGUCAGAGUCACUGCAGCUGUCAGUUGGAAACAUCCCCUCGCUGUCGUUCACCAGGGAGGUUCAUCUCAUUGGGGGAGAGAGGGCCGAUCUUUCCGGCCAACGCAGGCGACUGACCCACUGCCACGAGCUCCCAGUGUACAUCUGUCACAGGAGGAGAUCCAGAAGCUGCGCUUCAGACCCACCGUGGGCACAAUCCAGCGGUCAGAGGGGGCAGAGGUCAAAUUCAACUGCUCCAUCGACAUCAAUGACGUCAACCAGGACCUGAAUAUUCUGUGGUUUAGGAACGGAAAGGAGAUCCCCGAUGGCAUGCAGACGGCGGUCUACACUCAAGGCACGGACACCCUGCUGUCCACUAUCACCCUGCUGUCCACUAUAAGCAUUCACAGCGUCCAGAGAGCAGAUGCUGGAGAAUAUCACUGCAAGCUCAGUGUCAGUAACAAGAUCAUCGAGUCAAAUCCCAUCAUUAUAGAGGUGGAGGGCCUGCCAACCUUCACCAUACAGCCGAGUGACGUGAACAUCACGAGAAACACUUCCUUCACACUGACCUGUGAGGCGGUCGGUCCUCCGAACCCUGUGACCAUUAAGUGGCUUCACGAAGGGAAGAUAUUUAAAGAAAGCAACGAGUCUUCCAGCAACAUCACCAUUGAUAAAGGUGUUGAUGCGCCCACUCAGUACAGCUGUGAAGCUCACAAUGAGAAAGGCCUCGCUGUAUCCAGAGAAGCUCACAUCAAUAUCAAAGAGCGUCCUGACAAAGUUUCAAAGGUCACCGUAGUAAAACGUGAGGCCAACAAACUCCUCAUAAGCUGGACGCCGGGACACGAUGGCUUCUCUCCUCUCAGCACAUGCUACAUCACGGUGCGAGAGCUUUUGGAGCCAGGAAGCCCCACUGCCGUACACCCCACACACGUGCCUCCAUUCGAGUAUGAAAUCAGCAACCUCAAGGCCAUGACUUGGUACAACAUGAGUGUGUCCUGCACCAAUGAGAUCGGCCCGUCGCCACCCAGCACUUGGGUCCAGAGCAACACCACAGAGGGCGUUCCAUCAGAAGCUCCCCAAAACUUGACUGUUCAUGUGAACAAUUCCAUGUUGGUGAUCCGAUGGGAAGCUCCGCCCCCUGAUAAGUUGAAUGGAAUCUUGCAAGGAUAUGAUGUCACUAUUAAACACGGAACACAUACAAACAAGAUCCACAGCAUCAGCACAGAGGCCUCCGUGACGCUGCAGGUGUUCAACAGCACAUACAGUGUGGAGCUGGUGGCCUGCACUCAGAGCGGCUGCGGGAGCAAAAGAUCCAACGUCUCGCUCUUUGUUCCUGACGCCGAAUUGCUCGAGUCUCCCUCCUCGACUCCGAUUCCCAGUCGUCCCGACUCCGUGUACAUCGUUCUUGGAGUGGUUUGCAGUUUCUGUCUGUUGAUCAUAGUGAUGCUCGUGGCCAUUUGGUUGCACAAUCGCUCUUACUUGCAGUGUUUGUUUGGUCCUGAUGAUAAACUCACUCCCAGGGUUGAGUACAGACCUCAGAGAUCCUACAACCGCUCGGCCAUCCAGAUCACACUUGCUAGUCUGGGCAUCAGCAGUGAGCUUCAGGCCAAACUCCAGGACGUGAUGAUCAUGAGGAACCUGCUGUCCAUCGGUAAAGUCCUGGGAGAAGGUGAGUUCGGAUCCGUGAUGGAGGGGCAUCUCAGAAAACCUGACGGAUCCUCAGAAAAAGUUGCUGUCAAGACCAUGAAAUUGGAUAACUUCUCCCAGAGAGAGAUCGAAGAGUUUCUGAAUGAAGCGGCUUGCAUGAAGGAUUUCCACCAUCCGAACGUAAUCAGGCUGUUGGGUGUUUGUUUAGAGGUCGUUUCAGGCCACUUUCCCAAACCGAUGGUUGUGCUUCCCUUCAUGAAGUAUGGAGACCUGCACAGCUUCCUGCUUCUCUCUCGUCUCAGUGAAGAGCCUGUGUAUCUUCCUACGCAGAUGCUCCUGAAGUUCAUGAUCGACAUCGCUCUGGGAAUGGAGUAUCUCAGCGGCAGAAACUUUCUUCAUCGGGACCUUGCAGCACGCAACUGCAUGUUGCGUGAUGAUAUGAGCGUGUGUGUUGCUGAUUUUGGCCUGUCAAAGAAAAUCUACAGUGGUGACUAUUACAGACAGGGCCGGAUUGCCAAGAUGCCUGUCAAAUGGAUCGCUUUGGAAAGCCUCGCUGACAGAGUCUUCACGGUGAAAAGUGAUGUGUGGGCCUUUGGAGUGACCAUGUGGGAAAUAGCCACUCGAGGAAUGACCCCAUACCCCGGCGUACAAAACCAUGAGAUUUACGACUAUCUCCUCGAGGGAAACCGGCUGAAACAGCCGAGCGACUGUCUGGAUGAACUGUAUGAAAUCAUGUUCAGCUGCUGGAGCGUUGAUCCGGUGGACCGGCCCGACUUCACACAGGUUAGGAAGAAGCUGGAGAGUCUGUCGGAGAAGCUUCCCGCGGUUUCCAGCCGAAGAGACAUUAUCUACAUCAACACCAGCUUCGCCGAGGAAGAAGAGGAGAUACCCGGCGAGGCGGCCGAGGGCCCUGUGCUCACAUCCUCACCCUCCUGUAGUCGCCAAACCACAGACACUUCAGUAGUGACAGCAGACGUUCAUGAGAGCACAGACGCAGAGGACGACCGGUACGUUGUGGUCAUUUCCUCCGGGGAUCAUGCGGCGAGAAACGCAGUAGAUACGCCACUGUUGGAUCACAGACUCGUGGAACAGGACAGCGAAGAAACGGUCAGGGACUCUCCAGCGAUGCAGCAGACAUCCAGUGACACCACACGUUUGCUCUGAUGGGAAGUUGCAUCAGAUACAGUAACUGACUUUAUUGUGGUAGCCAACGGAAGUAUAUUUUGUCAAAAAACUGAAUUGAUAAAGCAAUAACCCCCAUAAGAAGCUGUGUCUAACAAUGCCCCUUAGCUGUUAUAAACUCUCUGUAAACCAUGGGUUUAUUGCUUUUAUAAACCGGUUAUUCCAUAUUCGUAGUAAGGUUUAACAACAUAAAAUCGAGCAAAGAAAUUGCAAUAAUAUUAACAAAAACGUAGUUCCUCAGAAACUGUUGUGGUUCCAACAAAGUGUUUGCAGAGCAACACACAGAUGUAAACACAGCUUUGAACUUGUCUCAACCAAUCAGAAUCAAGGACCGGAAAUCUCUGUAUUAUAAUAAUGAUUUUGUUUUUUUGAACACCCAUCGGCCAUCAUUGACAAGAGUGCCAAACUUACACCAUUGGUUGAGUUAAAGGAACAGUUCACCCAAAAAAUUUUAUUUUGGCCACCCUCAUGCCAUUCAAGAUGUAGAUGACUGUUGUUCUUCAUCAGAACAGAUUUGGAGAAAUUCAGCAUUGCAUCACUUGAUCACAAAUGGGUGCUUUGCAGUGAAUGGGUGCCGUCAGAAUGAGAGUCCAAACAGCUGAAAGAAACAUUUCAUUAAUCCACACCACUCAAGCCCAUCAUCAACGCCUUAAGAAAGGUUUAAAAAAUGUUUGUAAAAAUCGAUUCCAUCAUUGAGGUAUAUUUGUUUAGAUUAGUUUUGGGCUGUUUUAGCUUUUAAACUUUGCUUGAUCUGUGCCUAUUUCUCUCCUGAUUCAGACCAGACAGCUUUCUUACUGGAGAAAGAUUAUGGAUUCGUAUUUGAGCCAGAAGCAAUGCUUUGAAGUUAAAAACAUCUUUUUGGAUUUGUUAAUGACAAGUCAAUGCGUUUAUGAAAUACUUUAAUUACUUGUGGAUUAUUAUUGUGAUAUUUGGACUAUAAUUCUGACGGCACCCAUUCACUGCAGAGGAUACAUUGUUGAGCAAAUGAUAUAUUUAUUUAAUGUAAUGCAAUAACAUUUUACAGUAUUACUGUUUUAACUGUGGUCAAUUUGGUCAAAUAAAUGCAGCUUUAGACAAAGACAUAUUUCAGAAUAAUUACAAAUUCAUACCAACUCCAAACAUUUGAACAGUAAUGUAUGCAAAUCUCUCUGGCAACAAAUGUCUUGAUUUCAUCUCUUGCUAAAUGUAAAAAAUGUUUGCCCUCAUACAGCAUUUCACAUUUGCACAGAAACACGGUGGACCCUUUACCUUGGUGUUAUUUUUGUCUUAAUGCAUGUUGAAGUACAGAGCGCAAAACUGUGAUGCUCCAAAUGUUAGAAAACAAGUCCUGUUUUUUCUGAAGUGAUUAAGUUUAUAAUGUUAUUAUCUUCAGGAGUAAAAUUAAGCUACAGUACAUUGUGACUUUAAGCUUUUUUGUGAACUUUGUUUUUGCACAGAACCUAAUUUGUAUAUUAGAUAUACAUUUUGUAAAUAUAAAGCACAGGUUUUUUAUAUAUAGUGAUUUUUACAAUUUAACUUGCAGGUUAAACUGAGUCUUUAGAGAAAUCUACAAAAGUUUUUUUUAAACGUGAAGUAUUUUUUAUUACUGUACCUUCUGAAUGAGGUACACCGAUAUCUGCAUUCAUUUGAGGUCGAGAGUGUACAAUUAAUGCCAUUAUGAACAAUAUCUUAUUAAAUACUGCUAACAAAAUAAAGUUUGUUUUAAAGUGCUGCCAUAAAUGUUAUAUGAAAUGAUAACUUGAUCUAGUAAUACUCUGAAUGAGCCAUUUGUUCAUGUUUAAAUGUAAUAUUAAAAGCUGUUACCUGGAAAA